AUGAUUUCCAACAUGUCAGCCUCCAUGGGGAUCAUUCUGCAAAAAAUUGAACUGUAGAAAUAUUAAAAUUUGACUCGAUAGACCUUUGAAGAAACCAAAUUGUGUUAAUUUCAAGGAUAGCAGUAGUCAAUUACAUCAUAUAUAAUCAUUUGAAAGUACGAAGAGGUGUGUACUGCUUUUCUCGACGUCAAAUUUCCACAAGAGAUAAUUAUCUUUAACUAAAAUAUGGCAAAGAGACGAGCAGAUAAAGAAUUAACUGACAGAAAUUGGGACGAUGAAGAUGAACCAGAAGAGGCAGGGGAAAUCCAGCUUGCCACUGAAGAAUCAUUAAAAGGAAGACAAAUUCUAAAAGGAAAAAGGAGAGGUGCAGGUCCAGUUCAGAACAAAGAAUUCAGUGGGUUUUCUGGUUUUAGUUUCAAACCUACAGCAGCUAGUACGCCAUUCUCUUUUAAUGUUAGAUCAGUCACUAAUGGUGGGUCGGAAAAAGAUGAAAAACAAACAGAGAAAACAAAAGAAUCUGAAAAUGGACAAGCAAAGACACUUCCAGCAUCAAAUGGUGCUGAGAAAAAGAAAGGCUCUUAUUUGUCAAGUUUGAAAAAUUUGAAUGAAAGUGUAUUAUCAUGGAUAAAAAGUCAUGUUGAUAAGAAUCCAUUUUGUAUAUUGACUCCUGUAUUUAAAGACUACGAGAAACAUUUAGAAGAAAUAAUGAAAAAUAAAGAUGGAGAGAAAACAGAAACUGGAGAGAAAUCAAAAGGAGAAACAGACACAAAAACAGCUCCAACAUUUCCCCUUGGAAAUUCUCUUAUGUCACCAACAUCUUUAACAACAGAAAACAAGCCAUCUGUUGCAAGUUUUGCAUUUGGUAAUUCUCCUAAUUCUAAAACAGCAACAACUACAGAGACCAAACCAUUGGGAACUGGUUUCCAGUUUGGUGCCAGUUUAACUAAACCAACUGGGUUUGGUUCUAUUCCUACAACAACUGCGGCUUUUGGUGCCAGCUCAACUACAACAACUGGAUUUGGCUCAACAGCUACUGGUUUCUCCGGGUUUGGUUUCAAGUCUUCCACAGAGAGUAAACCUACAUCAGGUUUCUCGUUUGCUGUAAACAAGCCAGCUGGAGAGAGUGGUGCUAGUCAAGAAGAAGAUGAUGAAUAUGUGCCCCCUAAAGCAGAAUCUAAAGAGGUUCCUGAAGAGGGAUCAGUUCACUCCAUCAAAUGUAAGCUGUUUUAUCAGAAAGAUGGAGCUUGGACAGAGAGAGGUGUAGGAUUUUUACAUCUGAAGAUAAUUGAUGAAAAGUUACAACUUGUAGUACGAGCUGAUACUACCCUAGGCAACAUAAUCUUGAACAUUAUACUGUCUCCAUCUAUACCCCUAAAAAGACAAGGCAAAAACAAUGUGAGCAUGAUAUGUGUACCCAAUCCUCCUGUGGACAAGAAAGCUGAUCCUUCCAAACCUGUUCCUAUGAUGAUACGAGUAAAAACUUUGGAGGACGCAGAUCAACUACUAGAAAAAAUGGAAGAAUUGAGAAAGAAAGAUUGAUGAAGAAAUUGUACUUAGUUUAAUUUGAAUAUUUUUCUGCCAAUAUGUAAUGUACAGUUGUAGCAAUUUUACGUAUGAUUUUGUAAUUUCAUUGCAAUCAAUAAGGGUAUAUGUAUUCAUCCUUAAGGUGGUACCCAACACUGUAGCUAAAAUUAAUUUGGCUCGGUUAAUUUUCAUUAAAUUUUGUCAAAGUAUUUACUUUGAUCCUUUGACAAAAAUAUAAAAAUUUCAAAAAUUUUGAACCAACCGUUUUAUCAGAAAAAUUACACUGGUUAUAUAGCAGUUUGAAAAAGACUGAUUUUGAUCAUUGAGAAGCGUCAUAUUCCCUUAACAACACAAUGUAAUUAAAAUGUUUAGCUGAUUUUAAAGAGUUAUCUCCCUGUAGUGUUAGGUACCACCUUAAGUUCAUAAACUAAGACAGUAAACAAGUUUUUCUGCCAAUGUGUAAUGUUCAGUUGUAGCCAUUUUUAAUAUGAUUACAUUAUUUCAUUGUCAUUAACAAGGGUGUUUGUUUUCAUCUUAUAGUUCAUAAACUAGGACAAUAAACAAGAUUUUCACUGCAUGUGAAAGAAAGUGUUUUCAGGUUGUAUAAAUAUGUGUCUCUCUCAUCUUUAUUUAGAAAUUUUAAAAUGUUUUUUGAUUAUAAGUACUGAGUAUCAGUUUGUGUAUGAAUUGGCUAUAUUUGGAUUUAUAUUUGUAAAACAUGAAAAUGGACAAAAUACUUAUAUUGUAUAGAAAGGCCAGUAUUCUCCCCUCAAAUUGCAAAUUACAGGUUAUUUUAGAAUUGCAUUUUUUUGUUGUUGAAUUAUAACAUGACAUCCAUAUCAAAUCAUUUCAGACAGCAUCUGACAGUCAAGCCAUAUAGCAUCUUAUUUCUAUGAUACUUAAAGGGCAAACUUAAAUCUGUUUUUUUUAAUCAAAAACAUGUUUUAUAGUGAUAAAGACUAAAUGGGCUGAAUUUUAUGAUACAAUUUAUGAAUUCCAAGAUAUCCAGUGUUUUAUAUUAACUUAUUCGAUUAUUUUUUCCCAUACAACUAUGAAUUUACUUUAGGAACCAUUGAAAAGUAACUGUUAUGUUACUUGAAAGUUUUACUGAAUAAAUAUAACUAAAUCUAAAAAAAAAAAUGCACAUAAAUAAAUUUUAAUUUAGAGACAUAUUCUGUUCUAGCCUUGUUUCAAAAUCACAUAAUAACUGCAUAGUUUUAUUUCAUUUAUAUUUCAUGAUGUAGUAACAGUGCUGAAAUCAUUCAUACAGUAAUGCUGUCAAAUCUUUAAACUUGGUAGGCCAUGUAAAACGUAUUGUGUACAUUUACUUCAUUUUCUAAAAACAAGGAUGUAAUUUACUUUGUGUAUUCAUCAUGCAUGAUUUUUGCAUAACAAACUCCUAAUUUUAAUUGAUAGCCAAACAUGAAAUGUGCAUUUUUUCUUUUUCAUACAAAGCAUACCUCAAUAGUAUUUUAAUGUUAUGCAUCAGAAGUAUCAUAAUUCCUGUAAGGCUUAUCAACUCAUUUCGUGACAAUUGAUUCAAGCCCAUUGAGAAUAUCUAAAUUAAAAUUUCAAGGUAUACCAGUACAGAUUUCUGUUUAAAAAGAUGUGUAAAGAAAGAUGCUAUUCACAAUUUUCUAAAUAAAAACUUUUUUCAAGGUACACAGAUCUAUGCUAAAAAGAUGUAAAUAUAAGAAAAAUGCCAUUUCUUUCAGUGGCAAUACAUCUGAAGUAUUUGUAAGUCUUUCUCUGGAAAGGAAUACAAUAAUUUAGAAAACAACAUCCUAUUGAUCAAAUUUAUUUUAGAACCAAAAAUGUAUUUUCAAUGACCUUCUGCAAAUUUCCUAACAUCCCAAGUUAUAACAUAUUCUUAAUUAAAAAUCAUACUUUUUUUUUAAUUGAGUAUGUAAUAUCAAUGAUAAAGCCAACAGACUAAUGCAAUACAUUAUGUACAUAGAAUCCCAGCUGCAUGUAUUACACAGAGUCAAGAUUUGUGAGAUGUUUAUCAUUUAGUAGAUAAUGAAUGGUGUGAAAUUGAAAUGAGUGAAGGGUAAAAGAAUUGAAAAAAGACGAUAUGUUUGAAAGAUCUGUUAAAAUUAUUGCUCUGUGUUUUAUGAAGUUUUUGAGCGUUAAAGAUUGUUACAUCAUGUAAGUGCUUAUUAUCAUUUAAAAAGUGCUUUGUUAUAUAUAUUUUUCAAUAAAAGUCUUCGAUUUG